AACCGACGUUACGGCGAUGGUUCUCGCGGGCAAAUGGUAUCACGACACUUGUUAGAAACUACUGUACCUACGCCGCAGCUGAAAUGCUGCUUGACUGACCCGAAACGAAUAGAUAUAGACGGGGCACUUUGUAACAUCUGAAGUCUUGAACUUCACGACCUGACGCUUUGAGAACGAAAGCAAGAGUGCAUUCUACAAGGGAAAGAAGACGCAUAGCGGCCACUGCCCUGCCUAUCACAAAAUAGUCAUAAAACUUUACCGUGAAUUUGGUCACGGUAGCCCAAGGAAAGUCGUUGUGCCACUCACCCCGAAGAGACGGCGACCAAGGAGGCGACGAAUCAACAGAGCACUCCUACACCGACAGCAGCACGCACAGCACUGCAACCAGCUGCCCGUUCCAUUCCACUCGGCUCUGCGUACUUCUCUCGGUUCCCGCCUGUUGGUCUCCCACCGGCGGUCGACUCAUUUAUCUUGAAGGUCACGUCUAAAUCGACACCAUGGCCGACACAUGUGCAACGAGGGAAUCUGUUUUCCCGUCCUCUGCCAAGAGGAACGUGCAUGUCCGCAGUUAUUCAGGGGAUAUGCCUUUGGAGUGCACAGUUUGCAAAAAGAAGUUCUGCCGGAAGUCUGCCUUGAAAACUCAUCAUAGAAUCCAUACAGGGGAGAAGCCUUUCGCGUGCACAAUAUGUCACGAGAAGUUUAGCCAAGGAUCUUCCUUGAAAACUCAUCUCCGAACUCACACAGGGGAGAAGACAUUCGAAUGCCCUGUUUGCAACAAGAAGUUUCGACGACAAGAUUACUUGAAAAUCCAUCAUAGAACCCAUACCGGAGAGAAGCCUUUCGAAUGCCCAGUUUGCCACAAGAAGUUCACACAAAGGUCUCACUUGAAAAUUCAUCUCCGAACUCAUACAGGGCAGAAGCCUUUCGAAUGUCUAGUUAGCAAUAAGAAGUUUGGCCAAUUAUCUCACUUGAAAGCGCACGUCCGAACUCAUACAGGGGAGAAGCCUUUCGAAUGCCUAGUUUGCAACAAGAAGUUCAGCCAAGGAUCUGUCUUGAAAACUCAUCUACAAACUCAUACAGGGGAGAAGACAUUCGAAUGCCCUGUUUGCAACAAGAAGUUUCGACGACAAGAUUACUUGAAAAUCCAUCAUAGAACCCAUACCGGAGAGAAGCCUUUCGAGUGCACAGUUUGCUGUAAGAAGUUCACCCAUGAGGCUUCCUUGAAGUAUCAUGUUAAAACCCACACAGGGCUUAAGCCUUUCGAGUGCACAGUUUGCUGUGAGAAGUUCAUCCAUGAGGCUUCCUUGAAGUAUCAUGUUAAAACCCAUACAGGGCUUAAGCCUUUCGAGUGCACAGUUUGCAAAAAGAAGUUCAGCCGUCGAUGGCCGUUGAGAUAUCAUAUCCGAACUCAUACAGGGGAGAAACCCUUCAAGUGCACAGUUUGCGGGAAAAUGUUUAGCCUGGGUUGUAACUUGAAAACUCAUCUCCAAAUACAUAUUGCAACCUUUUGAAUGUAAUGUUUGUACCAAGACGUUCAGUCAAGCAUCUGGGUUAAAGAUACAUCUUCGGAUACUUCGGAUACAUACUUCGGGUACUGCAGAACCUUUUGAAUACAGUUAGCAACAAGUGUUUUCGCGAAGGUGGCCAUAUCAUAACUCUUCAUCAAACCCAUACACACAGAUAAAUUUCUACAAAGAACUGAUCGUUGUAAUACAAAGACAACGAAGGCUUCGCAGCCUACGAAGGAAAUCGUUUGUAAUACAAACGAUUUUGUUCGUAAUACAGAUUAAAACUCCUUUGUAGCCUACGAAGAACUUCUUCGCAGCCUGCGAAGGAUUUUUUUCUUCAUAUUACAAACAAAAUUGUUUGUAUUACAAACGAUUUCUUUCGCAGGCUGCGCAGCCUUCGUUUUCUUUGUAUUGCAAUGAGUGGUUCUUUGUAGGGUUCUAAGUGAGCAGAAGAGAAGAAUGUCGAGUGCACAGUUUGUUAUUUAAAAAAGUUCAUUCACGGAGACUUCUUCUGGAGCAUGUUUAGGGUCGAAUCAAUCCUUGUACGGAAGUUCGUAGUGAAGCAGGUUCUAAGAGGGU